CAUGCAGAAUCUUAUUCGCUAAGAUUUGAGUCGGUUCGUAUCCUUUCUAGAAGAAAUUUUUUUCUAUUCGAAGUUUUCAUUCUGGAGAAAAAAUGCGUACAUUGUUAAUGCUAUUUGGUGCCCUGGUAGCCAUUGGCAUAUCAAAGGCGGCACAAACAGGACUUGCAUCGGAAAAGAAGGAAACUUGCAAGUGCUGCAAAUUUGCUUUUCAACUCUACCAAACGUUGGCGAAGAAAUCAGACGGAAAUAUCGCUUUAGCAACAUUGAGUGCAUUUGAUUCAUUAUAUUUAUUAUCAAAUGGCGCUCGAGGAAAUACUGCAAAACAAAUUCGUAAUGUUUUGAAUGAUUCAUAUGAAUCUGUUGAGGAAUUAUCUCAUUAUAAGACCUUCACCAAAUCUCUAACAGAAAAUUCAUCAUCGAACUUCAUUCAAGCCCUAUUUAUUGAUAAAAAAAUAGAAGUUUCUCCUGAUUUUAAGAAUAUUUCUUCGGCAUUUAUUACCAAGCCGAAAUUUCUAAAUUUAGAAGAAACAGAAGAAGCAUCCGCUAUUGUUGAAAAAUACUUUGAAGAUCGCAGCACUGGCAACCUGAAAGAAGUUUCACGACCACUUGAAAAAACUGCUUUCACGCCUCAGUCACAAAACAUGUUCAUACAAAUCCUUUUUGCAUACAGUGGUCGAUUUUUAUAUCCAUUUAAUCCACGGUACACUGAAAAUAGACCUUUUUGCAAAAAUAGGGACAGUAAGAAAUCUGUACCAACAAUGUUCGCUCGUGGAAAAUUCCGUGGAAUUUUAAUUCCACCUUCAACAGAAUAUAGCAACAGUUUCAGAGUUAUUGAAAUUCCAUAUGAGGAGGAAUUUUCUUUGCUGGUUUUCUCCCCAUUGAAUUCCUACCAAUUGGACGAAUUAGAACAUCGAUUGGAUUCAUUCGAUUUUAGUUCAGUCUUUAAUAGCAAACAAGAGGAUAUUGCACUUUACCUGCCGAAAUUCAACAUUUUUAAUGGACAUCGCCUCAAAUUGCCGUUGCGUGAGAUGGGCAUGACCGAUGCCUUUGACAACAGUGCAAGUUUCGGUGGAAUUUCUAGCAGUCCGUUACACCUGGAAGAUAUAUUUAUAAAAACAUACUUUUCAGUUGAUGAAACAGGCACCAAAGUUGAAGCCUUAUUAAAAGAACCCGAUUAUUACCAGUACGUUACACAAUAUGCCAGCCCUCUCGUCAUUGAUGUAAACAGACCAUUUUUAUUCUCAUUGGUGCAAAAGAGAGGAAAUGAUGUAGUGUGUAUUCUGAAUGGCCGAGUGUAUAAUCCCGAGAUCCUACCCUCAUUUUAAAAAUUUUGAUAAUAAUUUUUUUUAAUAAUAUCUGUAAUCAUAUCAAUAUAUGUUUUAGAAAUAAAAUCAGA